GCCGGACACCCCAGCUCCCAGAGCCGUAGACCAGAUGGAAGCUGUGGCCAGCAGCUGAUUCAAGAUGGCGAGCUUGGUUGAGGUGAAGGAGAAAACUUUGAUCAGAUCAGAGGGCCGGGCGCUGGUCACGUGUCCAUGCUCCCCGCUGACCGCCUACUGGACCCCCCCUCCCACCUGGCCUAGACGAGUCCUGUGUGAGAACAAGCACGUCGCCUUCAGCCUGACCCGAGGAUGCUGGGUACUCAUCUCCGCCAUCUUCCUGACCUACUUCCUCGUCAUGGACGUCUUCCUGUUUGCCCGCUUCCGGUUCACCAGCCUCGUUCUCGACUCAAGACCGGGGGCGCCUGGGGAAAUCUACAGCCCGUUUACUCACCUGUCGGUCAAGGCCGUGCUCAGCGACCACGUCCGGCACUACUUCAUGACGCCUGUAGCUGAGUACCUCAACGUGCUCACCGGCUUCUCCUCCCUCUUCCCUUUCAUCACCCCCAACCUCCUCUCCGUCACUCACCUCCUCUGCGCGUUCAUCGCCGGCAAGUUCAUUUCCUCCGAGCAUCUCCAAGACCGCCAGAUCGGUGUACUCAUCUUCUUCUUCCGCACCUGGCUAGACUCCUUUGACGGCACCGUGUUCCGCGCUCAAUCCGGCGUCCACCUACAAUACAACUCCGUGUACUCAUCAUCCGGGUACUUCAUCGACGGAUUCUUCGACACCCUCGGUGGGUUCUUCCUCUCCUUCGGCGUCUUCUUCUACCUUCUAAAACGUUACGGACCUCGGUCUUCCUCAGCCAUGAUGCCCACCUGGACUAAAGACCCGGAGAGCUGUACUGAAGAGCUGCAGCCGAUUGGCGGACAGCCGACAGCCGUGUACAGCUGUAGAGUUUUGUUUUGUAAGGUGCUGAGCUACGGCGUGUGUCUGGCAGUGGCAGGCGUCUGCUGGGACCGGACGGUCAAAGAGUUCACGGAAGUUUUCCAGACGGAAUUAACGGAUCCUUCACUCUCGGCUCUCCAGUUCAAAUUGAGCCACAACAUGGCGACCAUGGUCAUCUUCUGCUUCUGGAGGUUUAUCAGCGGCCAAACGGUGCAGACCUACAUGCAGAUAGCCCUGUAUAUGGAUAAAGUUAUGGAUUUUCUGCGCUACAGCCAGUGGAUCCUGCUAGCCUUGACCCUUCCCCUCUACGUCAUCACAGUCCUGUACAUAAGUCACAUCCGCGUCCAGCUUCAUUUAUGAUCCAUGGACACCAUCGACAUGACAUUGGAGUGUCAGUGACCAGAUGACAUUUAGAACAUCAUGACAUUUUGAACGCUGGCAUUUAAACCUCGUCAUCUUGGAGAGCAACGGCUACCCAGUGAAUGUUUGCUCCACCAAUUAUUUGAUUCUAUUUAGUGGCGUCCCUAGGUCGGGUGUCACGGGUGCCGUACGCACCCCGCCUUGUGAUGUUACUAUUGUUACUGAUAUAGGCCUAUUCGCUGUUUAAUGUUUCUGAUCAUUAAGUGAAUUGUGAUUCUAUUUGCUAUGUGAUAUAUGACAUAUAGACUAACGUUAUGUUUUAUAUUGUUUUCAUGUGAUGAGUUUACAGUAAUAUUGACUUUCUAUUGGUUGUGAUGCAUAUUUUAGUGCAUGAAUUUAUUAAUCUGACAUUCAGAUCACGGUGUACAUUGUUUUAUUUGAUCAAUGUUAACUUUGGUUAACUAGUCUCAAUGUUAACUUUGGUUAACUAGUCCCAAUGUUAACUUUGGUUAACUAGUCUCAAUGUUAACUUUGGUUAACUAGCCCAACUGUUAACUUUGGUUAACUAGUCCCAAUGUUAACUUUGGUUAACUAGUCCCAAUGUUAACUUUGGUUAACUAGUCCCAAUGUUAACUUUGGUUAACUAGUCCCAAUGUUAACUUUGGUUAACUAGUCCCAAUGUUAACUUUGGUUAACUAGUCUCAGUAUUUAUUGCUACUCCACACUAUGCCAAUGCUAUAUUGUUGCAAGCUUUGGUUAAAACUUUAUUUCUAUUAGUCGCAACGGGUGGAAUCGUACGAGCAAAAUUUGACCCACUUCUACCGAGCCGAUUUUUUUCAAACUUGACUUGUAGGUCAAGCUACAACAACAAAACAAAUUGUGUGCCUAACGUUUUUUAACAAAACAAGUCAUGUACCAAUUAUCACCCCAUUCUUUUUAUCAUUCUUUAAGUAUUGAUGUCUAUUGUACAAAAUGUAUUACCUAUAGCUGUAUUUGCAUAUUGCGGUACUUUUUAACUAGCCAUACAAUCAUCACCUUGUUAGUAUCGAUGUUAAAUAAAACGAACUUUAAUUCUAAUGCUACACACAAUCAUAAAUCUGAACUUUUAUGCUACACACAAUCACAAACCUCUCCCUAAUCAAAAUCUCAACCCAGGUUUAUGUGAUAUAUUUAUGUGAUGUAUUUGACGAUUAAGAAUGUGAAAGACCGUUUAUUCUAUACACAACUUGAUGGCACGCCUACACCCAUGGCCUCGUCAUUAGGUCUCGAGGUUAAGCUUUUCUUUGUGUCGCGAACGGAAAAUAUAUUAAAAUAUGUCUAUUUGAGACAGAGGCGUAGCG